AUGGCAUCGCAGCAAAUAAUUGAAACAUCUUUUGGCGUGGCGUUUGUUGCAUCAUCUAUCAAACACCAGGAGAUCAUGAGCCAAAUUAAGAGUAUGGCUGAUGACGACAGAGCCCGAAAGAAGGAGGAAUUUGAGAAGAAGCAGGCCUUAACCGGGGCUAUAUAUUCUGUGCACGAUAAAAAUUGCUCAAGCUGCCGUUUCCACAAUCAAGCGACCAACUUGACGAUUGAGAUACAUGACUGGCCACUUCCAGAAAAUGCCGCCAAGGCAGCAAAUGUAGUCUUUGAAAUGCAGGUUCCGGAAGCAUUUCGCGACUGGCGAGAGGCUACCAGAUACGUCAUUGUAGAAGCUCUUCGUUACCGUCACGAAGAGACUCCGGUCAAAGUGGAAUGCACUCUCCAAGAUUACUGGAGAAAGAACUCGUUGAUGAAACCAGCUGGAACUUUGAUACUUGCAUCACUUACCAAGGCUAAUAAAAAGACCCAUCGCCAUCUCAAGACACUAGCGACAACAACGGAAAACAGCGUGCUUGUCAAUCACGGUCUAUCUUACAAAUAUUUCGACAGUGGCUCGCAAUGUGUUGUGUCUUCAUUCCGGUCAUCUGAUUAUGUUGCCAAGGCAUGCACUUACAAACUAUCGGAACAAUGGGUAGUACUACAGCCGUUUCUGUUCAGGCCACCUCAUGAACCCAAUGGCCUUACGCCAAACCAUGCCACUUCCAAACAGUCGGACAAGAUUGGGAAGGCUGUGCAAGACAAAACUCGAACAGAGUUUCUCGCGGCAGCAUCUGAAAUUGCCCACGUCUGUGUUGCUUCAUUUGACCUAGACAACGGGUACCUCAAGUCGAUUCUCGCUCUACCAGAGCAAGCUGCUACGCUUAUUGAAGCGUCUAUUAUUGUCGCAAAUGCGUCUCAAGGCAUGCCGUAG